UUCUUUUUUCUUUCAGAGUCAGAGAAGCCAACUGGAGCCAACCAAGUUUUAGAACCUCUACUGGCUGAUACCAACAUCAUCAGGGAUGAACCGUUCUUCCCAGAAACUUCUCUGCUUCUGAUGGCACAGCUCUCCCCAGAAGAGAAGAGAGGGAGAGUGUCCACGUUGAUUCAGCCGAAGCAUCUCUAGGUCUCCUCUGGAUGCUACACAAGGCUGCCCCUCAGCCCCAGCACAGAGCACGUGGAGAUGGCUUUGCUCAGCAACAUCCUAGCGGCCUAUUCCUUUGUUGCGGAAAACCCUGAGCGGGCAGCUCUGUACUUUGUGUCUGGCGUGUGCAUCGGGCUGGUGCUGACCCUGGCAGCCUUGGUGAUGAGGAUCUCUUGCCACACAGACUGCCGGCGGCGUCGAGGGAAGAAGUUCCUGCAGGACCCAGAGAGCAGCAGCGACACCAGCGACAGCGAGGACGGCAGCUCAGACACGGCGUCGGAUCUCUCAGUGCGGAGACACCGCCGCUUCGAGAGGACUUUGAACAAGAACGUGUUCACCUCGGCGGAGGAGCUGGAGCGCGCCCAGAGGCUGGAGGAGCGCGAGCGCAUCAUCAGGGAGAUCUGGAUGAACGGCCAGCCCGAGGUGCCUGGGACCAGGAGCCUGAACCGCUACUACUAGGGAAGCAGCCAGAACCCCGGAAACUGCUGGAAGCCGCCUGGAAGGGGGAGGCUUCGCAGGGACUGUGGGCACAAGGACCUGAACCCAGCUGUGCUAAGAUGAUGGCUGCAGAGAAAAGCAAGACAUGCCCUUUUUCUAGCAAGGAGGACUGAUUUCUCCUUUUUGACUGAAUCUAUGGAAACAUAGAAAAACCAAGUCUGUUCAUCAACCUUUCCAGGUCUUGGAAUGGUGCUGAAAACCCCUCUCCAACAGUGUGGAUGGAGAUUGGAGAAACAGGACUAUGGUUUCUCUCGAUUUCUGAGGAUCUCAGAAGUUUCUGCAGACUUCAUUGCUAUGUGUUAUUCCUUUACGAAAGGAAAGAUUGGCAUAGCAUGAAGGCUGAGAAUAGCAGGGUAAACCUAACACAGUAAAUGCAAUUUUCUAAAUGACUCCACGCUAUGGAGGUGAUGCUGAUUUAGACUGCAUGAUCCAUGCUUAUUAUUUAAGGCUGGUUUUUUACAUCUUGUGUUGCAAUGGCAACCUCGUCCAUUUUAACUGGCACCUCAGGGAUUAAAAUCCUAUUUGUUAGUAUAGUUCCCACCUCAUUCAUGAAAAUGAAUAGAAUUAUUGUAUUAUAGGAGAUGUGUCAGUGAACUAGAAAAUGUCAAUAACCUCAAAGGAUGAAGGGUUUUUUAUUUUAAAUAGUUUAUAAGAUAUAUAUUGACAUGCAUAUUUGAAAAUGCUGCAAAAGAAUAAACGUUGUGUGUUUCCCCUCUCUUUGAAGAGAAGAAUGUUUUAUUAUGAUUCUAGACAAUCAUGAUUUUAAACAUUUUGUUUAAAAAAAAAGUUUGUAUUUCCAAGAAAAGAAUGGAAAUGGGAGGUGAGAGUUAAAGCCAAAAUUAGGAUGAGAUUAAAAAAUAAAUGUUACAUAAAAUCUU